GCGCCCGGAGCGCUCCGACCGUGAGCCGGCGUCGGCGCCUCGGCGGCGGGCAGCGGCCCGGGCUGGGGGCGCUGAGGCGGAGGAGGGGCGGGUGUGAGCCGCGGGACCCGCGCGCAGCGCCGCAGCCACUCAGCUAGCGUCCGCGCCGGGGGCAGUCGCGAUGGCCCUGCGCUCCCGCCGCCCGUGGAUGAGCGUGGCACUGGGGCUGGUUCUGGGCUUCACCGCCGCGUCCUGGCUCAUCGCCCCCAGAGUGGCCGAGCUGAGCGAGAGGAAGAGACGCGGCUCCAGCCUCUGCUCCUACUACGGCCGCUCGGCCGCUGGCCCCGGCGCUGGCGCGCAGCGGCCGCUCCCCCAACCUCAGCCCCGGCCGCGGCUGGAGCAGUCGCCGCCCCCCGCGCGCCAGGAGCUUCAGGGGCCGCCGCUGCCACAGGCAGCGCCUGGAGCAACCAGUUUUCGGAGCAGCCCCUGGCAACAGCCACCUCCGCUGCGGCAGCGGCGGCGAGGACGCGAGCCCGAAGGCGCAACGGGGCUGCCAGGCGCCCGCGGGGCCGAAGGGGAACCCGAGGAGGAGGACGGGGGCGCGGCUGGGCAGCGGAGAAGCGGCCGGCCGGGGAGUAGCCACAACGGCAGCGGGGACGGGGGCGCUGCCGCCCCGAGCUCCCGACCCCGGGAUUUCCUGUAUGUGGGAGUGAUGACCGCGCAGAAGUACCUGGGCAGCCGUGCGCUAGCGGCGCAGCGGACCUGGGCGCGCUUCAUCCCCGGCCGCGUGGAGUUUUUUUCCAGUGAGCAGCCCCCCAACGCCGGAAUGAGCCAGCCCCCGCCACCCCUGCCUGUCAUCGCGCUACCGGGGGUGGACGACUCCUACCCUCCCCAGAAAAAGUCCUUCAUGAUGAUCAAGUACAUGCACGACCACUACCUGGACAAGUAUGAGUGGUUUAUGCGCGCCGACGACGAUGUCUACAUCAAAGGUGAUAAGUUAGAAGAGUUUCUUCGAUCACUCAAUAGCAGCAAGCCUCUCUACCUGGGCCAGACUGGCCUGGGGAACAUUGAAGAACUUGGAAAAUUGGGGCUGGAGCCUGGAGAGAACUUCUGUAUGGGAGGACCUGGCAUGAUCUUCAGUCGAGAGGUUCUCAGGAGGAUGGUGCCACAUAUUGGUGAAUGCCUCAGAGAAAUGUACACGACUCAUGAGGACGUGGAAGUAGGACGAUGUGUUCGACGCUUUGGUGGAACUCAGUGCGUCUGGUCUUAUGAGAUGCAACAACUGUUCCAUGAAAAUUACGAACAUAAUCGGAAGGGUUAUAUCCAGGACCUUCACAACAGCAAAAUCCAUGCAGCCAUAACACUGCAUCCCAACAAAAGGCCUGCCUACCAAUACAGGCUUCACAAUUACAUGCUCAGCCGCAAAAUUUCUGAACUUCGCUACCGCACCAUCCAGCUCCACCGGGAGAGUGCUCUGAUGAGCAAGCUCAGUAACAGUGAAGUGAGUAAAGAGGACCAGCAGCUGGGAGUGAUGCCUUCUUUCAACCACUUCCAGCCUCGGGAGAGAGAUGAAGUGAUAGAAUGGGAGUUCCUGACAGGGAAGCUCCUUUACUCAGCAUCUGAGAACCAGCCUCCCCGACAGAGCAUCAACAGCAUCCUAAGAACAGCACUGGAUGACACAGUCCUACAGGUGAUGGAGAUGAUCAAUGAAAAUGCCAAGAGUAGGGGACGGCUCAUUGACUUCAAGGAAAUUCAGUAUGGCUACCGCAGGGUUGAUCCCAUGCAUGGGGUGGAGUACAUUUUGGAUUUACUCCUCUUAUAUAAAAGACACAAAGGGAGGAAACUGACUGUGCCAGUGAGACGUCAUGCCUAUCUUCAGCAGUUGUUCAGCAAGCCUUUCUUUAGAGAAACUGAAGAGCUAGAUGUCAACAGGCUUGUUGAGAGCAUUAACAGUGACACUCAGUCGUUCUCCUUUAUAUCUAAUUCUUUAAAGAUACUAUCUUCUUUUCAAGGUGCCAAAGACAUGGGAGGGCACAAUGAAAAGAAAAUACACAUUCUUGUUCCUCUCAUUGGAAGGUAUGACAUUUUCUUGCGAUUCAUGGACAACUUUGAAAAAACUUGUCUUAUUCCAAAGCAGAAUGUAAAGCUGGUCAUCACCCUUUUCAGUAGGGAUUCUGGCCAAGAUUCCAACAAGCAUAUUGAGCUGAUCAAGGAAUAUCAGAAUAAGUACCCUAAAGCAGAAAUGACCCUGAUCCCAAUGAAGGGAGAGUUUUCCAGAGGUCUUGGUCUUGAAAUGGCUUCUUCCCAGUUUGACAAUGAUACUUUGCUGCUAUUUUGUGAUGUUGACUUGAUCUUCAGAGGAGACUUUCUCCAACGAUGUAGAGACAAUACAAUUCAGGGACAACAGGUGUACUACCCCAUCAUCUUUAGCCAGUAUGACCCAAAGGUAACCAAUGGGGGAAAUCCUCCCACUGAUGAUGACUUUGUCUUCUCAAAGAAGACUGGAUUUUGGAGAGACUACGGCUAUGGAAUUACCUGUAUUUAUAAAAGUGAUCUGCUGGGUGCAGGUGGAUUUGAUACCUCAAUACAAGGCUGGGGACUGGAAGAUGUAGAUCUCUACAAUAAAGUCAUUUUAUCUGGCUUAAGGCCCUUCAGAAGCCAAGAAGUAGGAGUGGUGCAUAUUUUCCAUCCAGUCCAUUGUGACCCUAACUUGGACCCUAAGCAGUAUAAGAUGUGUUUAGGAUCCAAGGCAAGUACUUUUGCCUCAACCAUGCAACUGGCUGAACUCUGGUUGGAAAAACAUUUGGGUGUCAGGUAUAAUCGAACUCUCUCCUGACAGUCCAGGCAACACAUAUUGCCUUUUUAAAGGGGAGUUUACCUCAUUGUUGGUUGUUGUUAUUUUUAUUUUAUUAUUGUUAUUUUUAUUAUUAUAAUUAUUAUUGUUAUAAUUUUAUUUUGUUAUCCUGGUCUUAAACUACUCUUGGUUAUCUUCCAAAGAGUGUUUGUUGACCUCAAGCAAGAAGAGUCUGCAGUUCACUGAUAUUUCAGAUUUCUACUGAAGUCAAUUAUGUAUUACUUUUAUAUAUCUUUAUUCGAGAUUGAGUUAAAUCGUGGCAAUCAAAUGACUUUUGAAGCUCAUUCAUCGUGAGAGACAGCUUAGAAGAAUGUUCUCUUGGGGCUUAAAGAUGCAAUAUCGACUUUUAUUUCGUUUGUUAAAUUCAAUGUGAUACAAAUAUUUACUGGUGAAAGGUACCACAAAAGUGCUUUAUGCUUCCUAUGGGGAAGGGACUCUGUAACAUAAACUUGAGUUUUGUAAUUUAUACAAGGACUUAAAAAUAUAGACAAUAAUUUUCUUCAUCUUUAGAAUUUUUAAAGUAAAUGAACACUUAUGAUUGUAUGUUUAUUUUUUAAAAAAAGUUUUAAAAAUUGAGGAGUUUUGUUCCACAAGCAACCGGUACGGGCUACCCUGGUCUUCUGACAAUUAUGUACUCCUCACAACUGUCUGCUAUAAAUGCGAAUGAACUUUAUUUUCUCAAGGAAAUAUGAUUUAAUUAAAUAUUCAUGUACAUUUUAGAAGCUUUAUGAAACGAUGUCCUUCAUUUGCUGGCAAGAAGAUAAACUAUGACAGAACCUGGUUAUUUAUAAUAAAACACAGGUAUAACAGUAGUCUUUUUCAAAAACACUGAAAAGUUUGUGUUGUUUCCUUUCAGUCAUACUUGAUGUAAUUCUUAAGGGUCAUACUCACCAAAAUGUGCUUAUUAUAGAGACUGGAAAAGUUAACAAGGGAUUAUAGGCAUAUUGUUUGUUUUGUUACGCUUUAAAUCCUGGCCUUCACAACUGAUUAAAAUGAGUGGCUUCUUUAUUCAAUAACUUACAUUCCAGGAGAAGCAUUCUUCCUCAAUCUCUUCAGCUUUGUGAUCAAACUGAACCAAGAACAGGUCAGAAACUGCCUUUAAUUGGGGUUAAUUUGGGUUCUCACAAAAUGUAGCAUAUUGUACAUAUUGUUCUACACUCUCGUUUUCUUUUUUUGCACAAUAGGACCAAAAAUUGCAUCAAAGUUGAUUUGAAAGCUGUUGUAAGUUGCUACCAUUAUUUGGAACUAAUUGCCAGGAGGCCAUACAGCAUUUGCCUUAGCGACGGGUUUUGUACAGGGUAAUAGUCUCUUUUAGAGAGGACACUUGGGGAGCCUCAAAAAUAGAUAACAUUGCUUAAUGUUGUGACAAAUAUGAUGGCACUCUCCUUGACUAUAACAUAUAAUCUUAAUAAUGUCAGACUCAUUAGAAAGGAAUUACUGGCACUUUUAGACGUUAAAAAUCUUGACAGGGCCAACAAUUCAGAAUUGAUCUCUGCUCUAAUAUUUUCUCAGCCUUCAUAAACCCUUACUUUAAUAGCUUAUUUUCCUACAUCAUGUGGCUUACUUUUUCAGCGGGUUUUAUUUUCCUGAGCAGUAAAUAUAUUAUCAUGCAGUAAAGAUAGUCAUUUGGAAAGAUCUACUGCAAACUAAUAAUUGUUAAUUAUUUCAUUAAUGAAGAAAAGAAAUCAGUGUCUGCUCAUCUGUGUAGCUUAGACAACUGAAAAAGAGCCCGAGUUGUGAGGCGACUACCCAGGGAUGAAGUGGCAUUCUCUGUAAUACUCACGGAAUUAUGCUGAUGAAACAAGGAAAUGCAGAGAUCUCAUGUGACCUUAAUUACAUACACACAUACUGUACUAAAAUUAAGAUAAGUGCAUUUAAGUUCUGUUUUGUGACUUUGCAUUAGGCUUUCCUAUGAUUUUUUUUCAGGCACUGCAGUAUUUCCUGACUGAAGAUUUAUUGGAAUUAUAUUAGUGAAAUUAAGAGUGUUUUCCUGUCUGUGCAGUGUCUAUUAUUUAAAACUCCUUUAAGGUUGAAGGGCAACACAGCAUGAAUGCAACCUGAAGCAUCAUAUACGUAUGUUACCACCAUUAUCUUAUUUGGAUAGCUGCGAGUUUCCUGUUUAAGCAUCACUCCAAUAACAGUUCAAUCCUAGUGAUCAUCUUCUGUCCACUCAAUAUCAUUCUAUGCAUUUUUCUUGCAUUAUCCUUUUAUUUUUUUAUUUUUUAAAGUUUAUUUAUUUAUUUUGAGAGAGAGAGAGAGAGAGCAUGAGCAGGGGAGGGGCAGACAGAGAGAGGAAGAAUCCCACACAGGCUCCACACUCAGCGUGGAGUUCAACACGGUGCUCAGUCUCAUGAAAUUUGAGAUCAUGACCUGAGCCAAUAUCAAGAGUUCAAUGCUUAACAGACUGAGCCACCCAGGUGCCCCUACUUCCAUUGUAUUUUUAAACAUAAUCCUCUCAACAUCUCUCAGAAUACUGAUAUUAUUUUCUUUAUUCAACAGAUAUGGACACUGAGGCCAUGAAUAAUGAAGUCACAUGUCCUGAGUUACACUACUGGCAUACUGUCCUUAAGAUUUAAGUUAACUCUUGUCCAGAUCUGGAGCAGCUCUCUUUCCACGUGAACCCAAGGCUUCUCAGCUGUUGGGGUGAUAUAGAAGACAGUGGGUAAAGUUCUGGCUGACACCAUGAACACGUUUGAUCCGCCGUUCAGCUUACGUCUGCUGUAUGCUCAUUCUGGGCCAAACUUAGUUUGCUGAUGUUUGGUCAGUAAGAGCCCGUUCAGGCUUUUCAUCCCAGUCUUCCACCACUUUGCUAGCUCCCUCUGAGUAGCACUGUGUUGGGGAAAGGUUUCUUCUAAUUGCUUGCUCACAGGUCACUGGAUAUCAGCCAGUAGAAAAAAAAUGCUGAGGGUUCCUGAUGCCAGCAGCAGCCCUUAUCUCUGUGGUGUCAGCCUGCUGAGUACAGAAGCUGUCUGCCAUGAGCACCACCAUGUAAUUGUGUGAUUAUUUAUGUCAUUUGACCCAUACAGACUUGGCAUAAAGCAACUUUGUCAGAGCUAUUUCUGAAUCUAAGAGUUGAACCCAUUGUGCCUAGUAAUAGACGAAGAACAAUAGGAAUAAAAUCCCCAAGUGUGUGAACUGAUAGUCCAAACAACAGAAUGGAAUGCUCCCUCGAAAGGGAAACUAUAAAGUCCCACUGUUUGUAACAUAAGAAAGCUGGAGCCCAUCUCCUCCAGUCAGCAGCUCCAUUUCGGGGCUACUCUGGUUUCAUGUGGUUGCAUUUUCAGAUCAGGCCUGGGCAGUUCCUUCUUCCAGGAAGAGGACCCAGAAGACAAGGGUCCUUUCUAAUGGCUUGGAUUGCCCAGAUUGCCUGUCAUGCUGCCAGUCUUGUUAAGCCCUCACCUGGUACUGUCUUGUUCUUGAGGGAAUGGCCUAAGCCAGACGUGGUCCUAGAAAGAGACUGGUGUCUUCCCUCUUUACCUCUCUGCACCCAACACAAAAUAUUUUUAAGCAGGUAAAAUAUACCAAGAUGAGUUGCAAAGAGCCAGUAAAAUAGCUGUAGUUCUAUUUCAGCCAUGGUGAUGAGAUAUGUAUAGGAGAAGGAAGGCAUCAACACAUUUGAAUUAUGUGGCCAAGUUGCCUUUCUUUCCCUACCACUUGCUUUCUGAGUCACUGCAAGUCCCCUUCAAAGUUCUUACCGUAGGGAUGUCUGUAAGAAGGGACUGCUAAAUUCUGUAGGAAAUUGUACACUUAAGCUCUCCUUUGUGCUUGAUUAUUGAAGGCGUAUCUCUAUGAUUAUGGAUAUUACAAGGCAAGUGGGCAAAAUAGUGUCCUAAGGGACAAUACAGGUAUCUGUUAUCACUUCUUAGUGCUGCUGACUUGUCUACCCUUCCCAUCUCCACUCUUUUCUUUCUUAAUUUUUUUUAACGUUUAUUUAUUUUUGAGACAGAGAGAGACAGAGCAUGAAUGGGGGAGGGUCAGAGAGAGCAGGAGACACAGAAUCCGAAACAGGCUCCAGGCUCCGAGCUGUCAGCACAGAGCCCGAUACAGGGCUCGAACCCAGGGUCCGCAAGAUCAUGACCUGAGCCGAAGUCUGACGCUCAACCGACUGAGCCACCCAGGCGCCCCUCCCCAUCUCCACUCUUAUUAGCAUCCCAAUUAUUGUCAAAGAUACAAUACGUGCUGAGUCCAGAAGCCUUCUAGAUCUUCAGUUUUUGAGCAGUGGCAACAGUAGAGGCAGGAUGGAGAUGCAGAAUAGAUGCCAGUGCAGCUCGGCCUCUGUGUGCCCCCCAGCCUCUCGCAGGCACCAGCUGCACUGCCAACGUUACCUUGACAGAUGGUGGGGAUGAGGAGACUUCCUUCGGCGGUGAUUCAUGCCCCCAGGUGGCGACAUAGUCACAUCUGCCAACCACCUGGUGCUGGCACAAAGCUGCCAGCAUUUUCAUUUCCAUCUUCAAUUUUGACAUCCACUUGUCUGUUUCCCUCUUCCUUUCUCAUGUCGGAAGCUGCCAAGGGCUGUGCCAUAUUUAGCGUUCUCUGCCGUGAAGGAUUUUACUUCGGUUGAAUUAAAUAGAUACGUAUUCAUCUGUAGGUUGAUUUAAAAGUAGAGAUGGGACGCCUGGGUGGCUCAGUUAAGCGUCUGAUUCGGCUCAGGUCAUGAUCUCACAGUUAAUGGGUUCAAGUGCUGAGUCCUGCUCUGUGCUGAUAGCUAGGAGCCUGGAGCCUGCUUCAGAUUCUGUGUCUCCCUCUCUCUCUGCCCUUCCCCCCUCACUCUCUGUCUCUCUCUCUCUCUCAAAAAUAAGCAAACAUUAAAAACAUUUUUUUACAUAAAUAAAAAAUAAAAAGCAGACGUACUGAGUUUUUAUUAUCCAUCAUGCACAAGUAUACAUUCUUUAUAUUCCAUUCCCUGCUGCAGUCAUUAUAGGAUCAAUUUUGAUGGAAUUGGUGAGUAUAAGAUUGGAAGGAAAAAAAAUGUAUUUACAAUGAUUUAAAAUGGGCCUGUUGGGGUGCCUGGAUGGCUCAGUCAUUUAAGCAUCUGACUCUUGAUUCUGGCUGAGGUCAUGAUCUCAUGGUUUGUGGAAUCUAGCCCGGCAGUGGGCUAUGCACUGACAGUGCAGAGCCUGCUUGGGAUUCUCUUAGUCUCUCUGUGCCCCUCCUUUCCCCCCCACCCCCCACCAUGCUUUCUCUCAAAUAAAC